AUUACCGUCACCGGUGAGAUUCCUCCAAAAUCGGGACUUUUUCUCAGGACGUUUGAGAUGCAUUCGCGCUCCGCCUUGCUCUAUAGAUUCCUCCGUCCGGCGUCGAGAUGCUUCUCCUCUUCCUCGGCUGUAACUCCGGUCACCGUAACGCAAUCUCCCAAGAGUCUCGAGGCUCUUCGAGCUCGGCUGGCGAAUGAGUCGCCUUCCCUAACCGAUUUCAUCCACGGCGAUACCUAUUCGGUGGAAGUUGGAACCAAAAAGAAACCUCUCCCGAAACCUAAAUGGAUGAAGGAAUCAAUUCCCGGCGGCGAGAGAUAUGUCCAGAUCAAGAAGAAAUUGAGAGACCUUAAGCUUCACACCGUCUGCGAGGAAGCGAAAUGUCCCAAUCUCGGUGAGUGCUGGUCUGGUGGUGAAACUGGAACCGCCACCGCUACGAUUAUGAUCCUUGGGGAUACAUGUACACGCGGCUGCAGGUUUUGUAAUGUGAAGACAUCGCGUACACCUCCACCGCCUGAUCCAAAUGAACCUAACAAUGUGGCUGAAGCAAUUGCUUCCUGGGGGGUUGAUUAUGUUGUGAUCACCAGUGUAGAUCGAGAUGAUUUACCUGAUCAAGGGAGUGGUCAUUUUGCUGAAACUGUUCAGAGAUUGAAAUUCUUGAAGCCGGAGAUGUUGAUUGAAGCACUAGUUCCUGAUUUCCGCGGAGAUGGUGGAUGUGUUGAGAAGGUUUCCAAGUCAGGGCUUGAUGUCUUAGCUCACAACAUUGAGACAGUUGAAGAGCUUCAGAGUUUUGUGCGGGACCAUCGUGCUAACUUUAAGCAGUCAUUGGAUGUGCUUAGGAUGGCUAAGGAGUAUGCACCUGCAGGCACCUUAACAAAGACUUCUGUAAUGCUGGGAUGUGGAGAGACCCCUGAUCAAGUGGUUAAGACAAUGGAGAAGGUGAGAGCAGCAGGGGUUGACGUUAUGACAUUUGGCCAAUAUAUGCGACCAUCUAAACGCCACAUGCCAGUAGCUGAGUACGUGACACCAGAUGCCUUCGAGAGGUAUCGCCUUCUUGGCAUGGAAAUGGGAUUCAGAUACGUAGCAUCAGGACCAAUGGUGAGGUCGUCGUACAAAGCGGGAGAGUACUACAUAAAGUCGAUGAUAGAAGCCGAUCGAGUGGCUUCUCCUUCUACAUCCCCGUAGAUUACACACUAUAAUAUGUGAAUUCUUUCACUUUAUUGCUUUGUUUCUUCUGCGGUUAACGUUGGGACAUUCCCUCCGGGGCAUCAACACUGACACUAUCAACCUCCAUUGCCUCUUUGUCCAUUAACAAAACAACUCAAAGACAUCACAGACUUUAUGAAGACCCAGAACCAUGGCUUUUCGGUUUUGUUGAUUUUCUUUUCUUUUCGUUUCCUUUAUGUGGUUUCAUUAUCCUCAAGAUAUUGAGUGCGUUGAUUUGGUCUACUGAUCCAUCGUCGGUGUGAAACUUUUGCACCAUUCGUAUCAGUGGGCUACGCAAUGCUAAACCAGGCGGUAUAUUUUGUUCUUUCAAUGUCUCCUUGCAUCAUCAGUGAUACCUUUCCAUGGCUAUAUUUUUACUGCUACUACUAAGAUGACUUAUAAGAAAUUGGUUAGCGUGGGAUAUGGUCAUGAUUGGUACACAGUUUUGUCUGAGGAACAUGAGCGAUUUGGUUACAUUCAAUCUGAUUUGGUAUAUUCAUCAAAACUUCAACUUUUGAUAGUGUUUUACUUCUUUUUUUUCUGCA